AUGUCUACUCAGUCGACCGAGAAGGGCCUGGACCCUGAGUUCCGCGCUCAACGUCUUCAUGGACGGGUUCGAAAGGCUGAUUCGAUCGCUCUCAAGAAGCUGCAGCAGACGGCAUGGUCAAUGCUGGAUGUCGACAAGCAGGAGAAGCUCAAAGUGGUCAUUCACGGUAUCCUCCAAGUCUCGCUGAGUGCUCGAGUUAACAGCCUGCAGCCCGGAGAGACGUACGAUUACAAUCCUAUGGUAAACGAAGCGAUCCGUAAAGCCUUCGAAGAGAAUAUUAAAAUAUUCACGUGGAAGGACAAGGAUGGCAACGAUGUUUCAGAGUCGUCGAUUGACGAGUUGAUGAACAUGAACGGCGUCUAA